UGAGCAGUUGUGUUGUGUGGAGAGUGGCGGUGUUCCUCAGCGCUGUGCUCCCGCCGUGGCAGGACAUCACGCAAACUUGGUAAAUGAAUCUUACGGAAGGACACAUCAACUACGCUUGAAAUAUCAAAAACGUAUUCAAUAAACCCAGAGUCGCGAAGAAAAGUGAAAAAAAAAGAGACAAUGAAAUCAGACUUUCCGUUUUCAAAUUUGCUGCGCAUUUCACCUCACCUUUAAGAGACAAUGGACGAAUGAUUCCCAAGAGAACGAUUACAUAGCAGUUGAGAGCUGGUGAGAAGAAAAAGAGGAGACGAUCAUUGAGAGAGAAAGAGAGAGGGAAGCAAUCGGUGACACCUGGAGGAGCACACAGUCAGUUGGUGUCGUCGGUGGGGACAAGACUGGGAAGAUGGGCGGCCAUGGUGCUGCUGGUCCCCUCACCACUACCACCUUCAUCCUCGCCUGCUGCCUCGCCGUCCUCUCUGUCGUGGGCGGCAGUUUGGUAGACAACACGGCCCAGCAAGUGAGCAAGACCACCACCAACAGACAAAGGCAGGACCUUCCCUCCAGCGGCCACCACAGGAGGCACCAGAAACAACAGCAGCAGCACCAGCAGCACCACCCACUUGCCCUGCCCCUGGCCACAGCCUUGUCUAUGCUCAUUACCGCACCAAACGCCUCUGAGGACGCCGACAACUCCUCCAGCGCUGCCUACUUCGUCACCCCACUCCUUAAUCACGUCACCACCAGGGCGGGCCAGGCGGCCACUCUCACCUGUAUUGUCAAGCAACUGGGUAGCAGGCAGGUGUCGUGGAUCAGAGGUCGUGACCUACACGUGCUCAGCUCUGGUCAGGUGACCUUCUCGUCUGACUCUCGCAUCAGUGUGUCGCACGUGAAGGACUCCUGGACGCUCACCAUCAGGUACACUCAACCCCGCGACGCUGGCUCCUACUCCUGCCAGGUGAACACCCAGCCGCUCAUCGCCUCCUGGUACAACCUUACUGUUGUAGAGGCGCGGGCCAACAUCCUGGGGAAGGAGACCAUGUACGUCCAGUCUGGCAGUACUGUCACCCUCGAGUGUGUCAUCAAGGAGGAACUUGUUAUCCCAGGUCUGGUACUAUGGUACCAGGAUGACCGGCUGGUAGACCGAGACUCGAGGAGGGUGAAGGUGGUGACACAGGUAGCCAACGUGACCACCAGCACCCUGACGGUGACGACGGCAGCCCAGCAGGACUCCGGCAACUACUCCUGCUGGCCCUCGUCAGGACGACCCGACAGUGUCCUCGUCCACGUCAUACAAGGGGAGCCGCCGGCCGCCAUGCAGCACGGUAACUCAGCCGCCUGGGUGUCUACACUCCUGCUGGUGCCUGCCACUCUCACCUCCCUCCUCUUCCUCCUGACGUGACACUGACUCGCCCACCGCCACAACCAUCAGCCUCCACAGCCUUCACUACAGGAGCGUCCUCACCUUACCUUCACCACCAUAAUGCUCUACUGUCGUCGUUCCUUAUGUAAUGUUUCAACACACUGCCAGAGGUCGCUGCUCCCUGGUGGCCUCUCCUACCAUAUCAACAAGCCAGGGAGCCGCCAGGAGAGGAUGGGUCUUGUCACCUCAUAAGUGAAGUUUAUCAAAAAAAUUUAUCUUAGAGCAAAAGGUUAUAUUUAAAACAGUGAAUAUUAUGUUAUUUUGUGGUAAGGUUCUCGUAAAAACAGCCAGGAAUAAGUCACCAAACCUGACCUAACCUAUCCUAACCUGACCUAACCUGACCUGACCUAAUCUAAUCUACUUAACCAAACAUAAUAUAAAGUUCUUAGACUAUACCUUACUUAAGUUAGGGUACUGUAGAAAGGUCAGGUUUAAUUUAGUUGAUUCACUUCACAGCGAUAUAACAUGUCUGUGUUGAUAGCCGGCCAUGUUGAACGGUGUGUACACGAGUAUGAGUUCACGACAAAAUAUUCCACUAUGUAUUUUGUACACGUUAUGGUGGUGGGGUGGUGUUGUGGAUGACUACCGGUAUAGUUUGAAAUACCUGGUAUGUUUUAGUACGUUUACCUGGUGGUUACUUGUCUCUGCUAACUAUAACAGGUAAUGAGGUACUGGUCAAUAACUGGUCAUUCCACCGGCAACCCUAAGAUCCCCAGAGUAAUGCAAGUAUGCUUAAAUGAGUGACCCAAACACAGUCAUAAGCUGCACCCACACUGACGCCAACCACAUUUUUUUUUACAGUUUUAGGUUUGGAUUAAAUAUUGAAGGAAUUAUUACUAGCAUGCGUUGUUUAGCUCUAUGAACGCCUUUCCUGACUGGCUGAUCCACUGACAAGACCUUCCCGUGCACCCGGUUCAAACACGCCACGGGCUUAGCUCCUCCCUGCGUAAUCUGACACCCACAGCUGAUAGUCAACCACCAGUACGUCAUGGGUCGAAAACAAAACUUCUUUAAAUAUAUUGAAUAAAAGUUGCGAAUACGAUUGUUGCAGUUUGUUCAAUAUUAUACAAGAGAAUCUCACCAUCUUGAACACAUAGGAUACAAAUGAAGGAUUAUUGAUAUUUUAUUAUUUAGUUAUUUUUUUUACGGGAUAAUAAACGAUCACUUUACAGGAGUUUAGUUUGAUGGAGGAUUUAGCCAAUUUGUUUCUUAUAGUGUAAAAUGGUUACACUGUCCAGCCAAAGGUAAAUUAUAUCACACAUCUAUAGUUUUAUUAUUAAAUUAUCUAAGAUUAUCUAUGAUUUAUCAGUUAUCUUGAACUGUAAAAAAAAAAUCUUUCUCUGUUGAUAUUUUUGGAUUCCCGUUUUUCAUCAGGAUAACAGGUAUAAAAAACAGUGCCGUUAUCAUCCCUCUUGUAUUAAACAGUAGUGAGGAUUAAUAAACAGGGGCCUUCAUCAGUAACUGCCUGGAGGAGCUGUUGACUGAGUUUACCUCCUGGUGAGUUUACACACACACACACACACACACACACACACACACACACACACACACACACACACACACACACACUAACAGUACUAUGAGGGAACCCAAAUAUACUAAGAAUUUACCUAAUGCUGUCGGAGAACAUAUUAAGUAUAUAAUUCUCAAGAAGUGUAAAUGAGGUGUACCGUAAACUUCAGCUUCAGAUAAAGACGUGUGUAUUAUCCUCUUAUCUUCAUGAAGUUAAUAUAGAGCCAACAGAGACCUUCAAUCCUUGCCCAAAACAGCAUAAAUAUCAUAUAAUUAAUAACUGAAUCGAGUGUCAGUAAAAAGACUCAAAAUCUCACAUAUACUAAGCAUUCUUCUGGGCAUCUUGGAGGUGGUAUAGGUACUGAGUCACGACGUAGGUAAUAUAUCGCGUGUUUCACAAGAAGUUAAGUUAAUUUAAUAUUGACUACUGAAUACAGAUCAAGGAGGUUUUUAAAGCAUCUCAUAGUCAAUCAGAUAAUUUUAUACAUACUACAGGAAAGUUGAACUGCUUGAAGAUCACUUACGUAACUUUGCUAAACACCUCACAUAUACACAGUGUUUUAUAGGUACUGUGAGGUUACUGGCUGGUGGGAGGCGAGAGUGUGACACUGUCUGUAACACAGCUCUCAACAUAUUUAUAUACUGUAUAUCUUUCAUACAGGUCUAUGUUAUUUUUACAGAAUGUAUAUAAUAUGUAUGUAGAUAUAUGUAUGUUCACGAGUAUGUGUGUGCGUGUGUAUUUAUGUUAGUGUGGUUAUGAGUGCAUAUUAAUGUGUGUGUGUGUAUAUAAAUAUGGGUUAUAUACGAGGGUUGAAGUGAGCCUCAAGAUACAAGGGGGUUACUGUAGACUGUGUUAAAAGUACUUUGGACGAAUAGGAAUAUUUUCAAAUA